GACAGAGAGGCCAACACAGACUCAAGACACCAGCAUGUAUUUGUACGUGGUAGCAGCAUCUGUUUGGGUCUAUGUUCUGGUUUUCUACGGUCUGUUCAAAGGAACCAGAUUCUUGAGUCCCGCUAGGCUGAAGGGGAGGACUGUUGUGAUAACAGGAAGCAACACUGGCAUUGGGAAAAGUACCGCCCUGGAACUGGCAAAGAGAGGAGCUCGAGUGAUCCUGGCCUGUCGCAACAAGGAGAAGGCUGAGGCUGCAGCGUUUGAUAUCCGCUCAGAGAGCGGCAACCCCCAGGUGGUGUUCAUGCAGCUUGAUCUAGCAAGCUUAAAGUCAGUUCGCAGUUUUGCUGAAACCUUUCUUAAGACUGAACCUAGACUGGACAUCCUCAUCAACAAUGCAGGUGUUAUAAGUCCUGGCUGCACUGAGGAGGGCUUCGACCUGGCCUUUGGGGUCAACCACCUGGGUCACUUCCUGCUGACCUCCCUCCUGCUGGAGCGGCUCAGGCGCUGCGGCCCCAGCCGAGUCAUCACUGUGUCUGCUCUCCUCCACCGCUUUGGGAGCAUCGACUUCCAGCUGCUGGCUCCACAGACAGACGCGGUGCCCCCCCAGUCUGCCUGGUCCAGCCUUCAGGCCUACUGUAACAGCAAACUCUGUAAUGUGCUCUUCACCAGGGAGUUGGCCAACCGGCUGGAAGGCACUGAUGUUACCUGUUACACCCUGCACCCAGGAGUAAUCUACACAGAACUGUGCUGUAAUCUGAGCCAGUGGCUGCAGCUCCUCAUGAUGCCCUUAGCCAAGCUGUUCCUCCUGGAUCCCAGCGGAGGAUGUCAGACCACCCUGUACUGCGCCCUCCAGGAGGGCAUCGAGCCGCUCAGUGGCAGAUACUUCUCCAACUGUGCGCUGCAACAAGUUGGAGCUAACGGGCGAGAUGAUGGCCUGGCAAAGAAGCUUUGGGAAGUAAGUGAGAGGUUAACAGGCAUGGCCUGAAGCAUCAGAGCCUGCCCUACAGCCGUUCACAACUCUUCUUAUAAAGUCCAACCUGUGUCUAAAUUUUCAUGCACUUCUUUCGCUUGCUUUAAUAAAGCCGAGGAUCCCUUGAACGUUGUCGCCUGAUGUCAUGUAUGAAGUCUGCAGAGUUUAUCAGUGAGCAACUAAGAGAUCCUAUGAUGACUGCUGUGGAUAAACAGCAUUUUUUGAAUGCAUUGUGGGAGAUGUGGUUCUUCAGCCUCAUCUUCUUACCAUUUCUGGAUGUGAUGAUAGGAAUCCCCCUGACAGCAUCAGGGCCCUUCUGUAGAAAAGAAUGCACAACUUUCCUGCUAAAAGUUGGUGUAGGAACACAUUUUUAAAAGGUGUGGUUCUUAAUCAUGCAGCUGCGCACAAAUCCCAAUUUGUGUGAAAUAAAGCGCAGCUGCUGAUCCUGAUUGGACCGCCUGUCAUAAAUACAUGUGUAAAUUAGUAUAAGAACCCGGAAGGCUGACACCACGCCCAAAUAACCAUGGUAACAAUUCCUGCUUCUAAUAGCAUCUCAUAAUAAUUACUACAUAUUUUUUUAAAGUCUCUUUCCAUGGCACACAAGGUCACCUCACUAAAAAUAAAACCAAUGUAACAAAACAUAGAAAACCAAACAAAACAUUUAGAGCAUAAAAUGAUGGAAUGUGUUGAUUAAUCCAAGUGGAAAUAUUUGUUUGAACAGCAGAGAGUUCAGCUGGCAUUUAAAGACAGAGCGUUUCAGAGAAGGCUCUGUGCUGAGUGGGGAAUGAGGAAGCUUAUUCCUAAUAGAGGAGUCGUGUGUUGGACCAGGCCAACAUGCUGCUACAUUUAUUAGUCAAUUCUGCUCAUAUAAAUCGCACCUUUACAGAAAGGAGAUGCUUUCUAUUCAUAAAGGCGCAUUCACAAAGCUGGAAUGGCUCGACUGCAGGAUGGCUGUCCGGCUGCACCGUUAACCUUUAAGGCUGGGACGGGUUCUGGACAGAGCUCCAGGGUGACCACUUUGGACAAUCUGUAGGUGUGAUUGUCUACACACCUUGUCCACUGUAAAAAUCAUCAAACUUGACCUGUCUGGAGCUAAUCUGCUGAUCCAACCAUGUUUUCUUUUUCAGUCAGAAUGAAUUCGCCCCUUAAUAUUUGCAGAUAUUUUCUGUGCCUCGUAGACCGAAGGGACGAAAACCAAGGAAAUUUACUGUUUACAUCCCACUGCGAUUUUCACAACUUUUUAGUUUUAUUACAUUUGUAAAUUUUGUGUUUGUGUUACCUAAUUGUAUGAGGAUGUACAGUAUGUGUUUCAGUUUCAUUGUUUAAGUUUAAACAAUAAAGGAUUAAAGUCACAAA